AUGUCCGAUAGGCCUGGUUCAAACCCUGCAAUCACUGCUAACUCGCAAGAAGAGUUCAAUUUCCAACAUGUGCCAGCGCAAGCGUUAGAUGCCGUGAGAAUGCGUUUAGCUCAACUUACACAUUCCUUGGCCAAAUUAAAGGAUGAGAUGUCCAAAGCAGAACUUCCUCAAUGGUAUUCCUUACAGAUGCAGGUCAGCCUCAUUCUGACGCAAUUGCAGUCCUUAACCACAACUUUGCAUCAUUUUGAGGAGUUAUUAGAUUCCACAAUAGUCUAUCCUUUGGGAACUUUUCCUACAACAGCUCAUGAGGGUCUGUUAACAACUCUGCUAAGAAAAAAAAAUAUCCCAGAGGCGGAAUCAUGGAUUCAUGAUGCCAAGGAGACGGCCGGUGUGGACUUGAAUACGAUGUCGCCGGAAGAUGUCAAAAAAUGUCUGAAAAAUGAUGAAGAUGUGACGAAAUGGGCCAUUGGCUUUUUAAAGCAGGAGCACAGCAAUUAUGCCUUCCGUGGAUUGCACACUAGUCAGGAAAUCUCCGAGAAUCCUUCACUGGGAGCUUAUGACGAAUACCAGCCUUCCGUUGGGCAUAACAUUCCUAAACAACCUUUCGACGUGGACAGUAUACUGAAAAUAAUACAUCAAGGCGCUUCGUAA